AUGGCAGAUUUCGAAAAAGCAGAGGUUAGUCACAUUCCAAGAAGUGAGAACAGCAGAGCGGACAUAUUGUCCAAGCUGGCGAGCAUAAAGGGAUGGGGAAACCACCGGACCGUGAAUGAGCAAAGUAUCCUAGAACCGACAUGCAUCAUGCAGAUUUCCCAGGUGAAUGAUUGGCGUACUCCCAUUAUUGAGUACGUCGAAAAUGGAACGUUGCCUGUCGAGAGAGCAGACGCCAAGAAGCUAAUCCGAGAUGCAGCGUCAUACACCAUAAUAGAGGGACAACUUUAUAAGAAAGGUAUUUUCACACCUCUAUUAAAAUGUCUGAACUCGGAUAGGGCCCAGUAUGUUUUGGCGGAAAUCCAUGAGGGAAUUAAUGGGCAACAUGUUGGCGGAAAGACGUUAGCCCGGAAGGCUCUUCGAGCUAGAUACUUUUGGCCGUCCAUGGUCUACGAUGCGAAAGACCACGUACAGAAGUGA